AUGCCUUUACAGUUCAUGGUUGUGAUUGUAAGAGAAGAUGGCGUCAUCUCCGUGCAGGAGGCCAGCGGGUCUAAGGUGGUGGAACAUGCAGAUGGAACCUGCAUCACGACGUUCUAUCAGGAGGCCAAAGAAGGCCAAGUGCAUGAAGACAUGCCAUGCCGAAUGAGGAGAUGGGUGAUGGUAAAGCAAAUAGGCUUUCCCACUGUGCUUAUGGGUGAUGACGGCGACUGCCACCUGCUGUUUGGAGAUGGAACAGCCAUCAUUGCCAGCUCCAGUGGGUCUUAUCAGAUCAUGCCCUUCAGUUCUGGGGUGCUUUCCAUUAAUGACGAAGGCCAGGCCAUCUACACAUCUCAACACAGGGGGACCACAGCCCAAAACCUGGAGCCGAGCAGUUACGUGAUGUCCACCUCCGCAGAUAUUUUGUGUCAUGUCACUGACGAUGCAGGAAACCUAUUUCAGGUAAAAGCUGAUGGUCAGACAUCCGUGACUGCUGUUACUGUGGAAGAGAACAAUAGAAAAGACUGCCUGACAACAGCACACAUACCCAGGUUCUUUGUGGCACGUGGAGAUGGCUCUGGGUUGGAGCUGCUGAGCUCUCAGACUCUUGAGGAGCUGCUGUCGGAGGCGUACGCCAACCCUGCCAUCGCUGUUCUGAAAGAACUCAUCCCGCAAUACACAGGCAGGUUCAGGCUAUGACAACACUACCAUAGAACAUUCAAAGAAUUCAGAUACAUGAACCCCUGUUGGCCUUCACCA